AUGAAUCUUGUGCUGGCAGAUUGCGAGGAAUUUAGAAAGAUCAAACCGAAAAGUGGGUCAAAAGUACCUCAGGGACAACCUGAGCAAGAGGAAAAAAGAACAUUAGGUUUAGUUAUUUUAAGGGGUGAAACUAUUGUUAGCUUAAGUGUAGAAGGUCCUCCACCACCAAGUGCCGAUGAUUCAAAAGCAAAAUUAGCGCAGCUUCCAGGUGGGCCAGGUAUAGGUCGUCCAGCUGGUAGAGGAUUGCCCGGUGCUCCACAAGGUGUUGCGCCAGCAGGUCUCACUGGACCAGUUCGUGGUGUAGGUGGGCCAGCUCCUGGAAUGAUGCAACCUAGAGGCGGAACUCCUGCAGCUGCAGCUGCACCAAUAUCGUAUGGUCGCCCGCUGAUUCCUGGCCAAGUACCUCCAGGGAUGACACCUAGACCAGGAAUGCCACCAGUUAUGGGAGCAAUGCCUCCAGGUUUUAGAGGCGGAAUGGGACCACCACCUGGAAUGCCACCUGUGAUGGGAGCAAUGCCACCAGGAUUUAGGGGAGGUGCACCGCCACCAGGAAUCAGACCACCACCAAUGGGAAUG